CCCACCCUGCCUGCCUGCUUGGCUGCUUCUGCCUGUGGCCUUCUUCUGCUGCAGCAGGCGCUAUAAAGCUCCAAGAAACUCGCCGCGUCUCUCACGGGUCGCGCAGGUCUCGGCACGGCGUCUCAACAUAGCAGAGAGGUCGAGCUAUUCACUCCGCUCUGCACUCCCUUGCAGACGUGUGUGAGCUAGCUUGGUCGAGCUCGAGGAGUUCCCGAUCGACGACCACGGCAUGGAGCCCGGAGCUGUGGCGGCGAGCAGGCCCGGCGGCGGCACGGUGGCCUUCUCGUGGGAGCAGGAGCCGGGGGUGUCCAAGCAGAAGCAGGGCCCGGCGGAGGCUGCCAGCAGGACGACGCCGGCGCCCGCCAAGAAGAUGGCGCCGCCGCCGCCUGCGCACCGGCACCGGCUGCGCGUGCCGCCACCUCCAGGAGGGCCGGGCGCGCCGGCCGUCUCGCCGCCGCCCGGGAAGAGCGGCGGCGGGUCGAGGAGCCGCCGCGUCAGGCCGCGGGACGACCCGUUCCUCGCAGCCUACCUGGCGUGCACGGACAACAACGGCGGCGGCGGCGGCAGCAGCAGCAAGGGGGGCCGGAAGCUGCUUGGGUGGGCGGGUCUUGGGCUCGGCCUGCGUGGGUUCGGGCUCUCUUGCAAGAACUCGUGCGGGGCCGUGGAGUGCGUCGUCACACUGGCUAGAAUCUCAGAACCCGAUGACGAGGAUUGAAUCUUGGCUGUUUUUUUUUUCUUCCUCCCAUUUCUGCGUUUCAAUCAUCAUUUGUUUCAAAGGAGUCAUAAAGCACUAGUAGAGUGGUAAUGUUGAAAUAGCACGCGGCGCUCUUAUAGUGAAAUUGUAAACUAAGCUGCCUUUAUUAGACUUCUCUAAAUACAAAUGUCCAAGUUACAUAA